AUGUCUACAUUGGCCGAACUCGAGUCCGAGUUUGAAAGGCUCACCGCGAUCCUCGAGGCUGCCAAAUAUGAACAUGACCCGGCCAUGACGGAAGAAAAGCGCAUAGUCCUCGCAUGUAAACAUCGAGCGGUUCACACCGAACUAUUCGCCGCCAGAAAAGAAGCCGCAGCUGCGCAAACCUCGUCCGCUCCCGAACCUGAACUGAUUGGCAUCCCUACACUGGCGCAACUAGAGUCCAAGUAUGAGGAGUUUGAACAGAUGCUUCAGGUGGUCAAGAGCGACUUGACAAUUUCCAAUGACAGAAGAAGAGACAUGUCUAUUGAAAGGCUCACGCUUCGCAGUGAACUCAUUGCCGCGCGACGAGAAGCAAAAGCUGCGAAGCAGAACAGCGCAUAA